AUGUGUGAUCACGGACAUAGCCACAGUGAUUGUGGAUCACAAGCAGUUGUAGUAGAGACGGCAGACGCUGAAGCACAGUAUAAUAUGGCUGGUUUUAUAGACAAGGACAAGGUGAACGUCUUGAACGAGGAAGAGGAAGGUUCUGGCGUUCAGGUGCUGAAAGUUUGGAGUGAAAGGUUUGACAAGUAAGUUGAAUAUGUUUUAUUGUAUAUUUGUUGUUUUAGAAGUAUUGCUUGAUGUUGUUUCAGGACUAAAUCAGUUACCAGUGAUGUUGAUGAAGAGCUAUUGUUCAACUUGCCUUUUACUGGUCAUGUGAAGCUAACGGGUAUCGUUUUGAUUGGAGAAGAUGGAGAAAUGCAUCCAGCACGAUUGAGAAUUUUUAAAGAUAGAGAAAAUGUAGGUUUUUUGUUUAGUUUUUAUGGUUUUAGGUAACGAGAGGAUAAUAAAUAAAUAUUCACACGGUUUUUUAUUUUGAUCAUAACUUUCUUCAAAAGAUAGCUAGAAAUUUGAAACUUUGUGGCAUUCUGGAUUAUUUAAUUGUUUAACUAAUGCUAUAAAGAAAUUUUUUAAUUUCGCUUUAGUAUUGAAGUUAAAGUUAUUUUGCCAUUACUCAAAUUUUUAAAUUUUUAAUAUUUUUAAAAAUAUUUAAAUGAACUUUAUGGAAAGAUAAAAGGUGUUAAACGACUGAAAAUUGUAUUUUAUUGUUUUCAGAUGUCAUUUGAAGACGUGACAGCCGGAAAACCCGACCAAGAAGUUGAACUAAAAGUAGACACGGAAGGAAGAGUUGAUUACCCAUUGAUCAGUACCAAGUUUUCUAACAUCUACUACUUAACUCUACAUUUUCCAAAAAAUUUUGGAGCAGAACAGACCAGAAUUUACUACAUUGGAUUAAGAGGAUCGUUUCAACAUGGAUUCAGAGAAAAAGUUGCGAUUGCAACAUACGAAGCUCGACCAAUGCCUGACGAUCACAAGGCCAACACGAGAGAUCAAGUACAACGACACGUGUUUUAA